CAUCCAAAGCCUGCAAUUGAGCGUCGGUCUAAACUCGAAGGACUGGGCAAAGCACGUCUCUGUCUUCACGGCAUCUUCUUGCAAAUCACCGCCAUCAUGAGCUUCGUCACCCGUCGGGCGCUCUCCACGCUCAUUCCCCCCAAGGUCGCUUCCCCCAAGGCGAUUGGCGGUGCUCCCGAUGCUCUGCGAAUGCAGCGUGUCGUCAGCUUCUACGAGAAGCUGCCUCGAGGUGCCGCUCCCGAGGCCAAGUCCCGUGGUCUUCUCGGCUGGUACCAGGCCAAGUACUUUGGCAAGAAGACUUCCGUUCAGCCUAUCAUCCACGCCCUCGUCUUCCUGGUUGGCAUCGGCUACGCUCAAAACUACUACUACCAUCUCCGCCAUCACAAGAACAACGCCCACUAAACGAUGGGGGGAUUCGGCUCCUGUCAUGUGAGAUGACUUGCUAUCAGUUGUGUAAAUAGGUAGACUCUAGAUGGUGCUGCCUCGCGCACCACGAGAAUUCCCUUUGUACUCAUAAAUCGAAAUCAUCGACACUCCACCCGUGCUCUAGGAUCAUUGGAAUAUCAGUCGUGGGCUAGUGGUAGCCACAAAAAUUCGUCUUGUGUGCGACAAUUUGGCGGCACUGCGGCGAUGAGGGGAAUGGGCAUGUGGACAACAGGCAGCUCCUCCUCCUGAGACCUCAUCGUGUCUAGAGGUCAGUUUUGGAUUGGCCGCUCAUGUCCUUCUGUUCUGAACUUGACCAAGCAAUGAACCAUUUCCCCGUCGCGGUCGGCAUCCCACGAACUGUCUCUUGUAGAGGCACCGGGGCCACGGGAGACGGAAGCGGCUUGUUCCUGUCCAGAGAAUGACACGGGAAAGCGGAC